UCCUCUCUUUCAUGUAGUAGUAGUACACUAGUAUCAGAUCUAUUCAUAGUAUCAUCACUCCUAUUUCCUAGUACUACACUACUACACUACCGACAUUAUUAUGUCUCCACUUUCUCACUAUUUCAGUUUCACAAAAUUCCUCCUUUUUCACUUACUAUUUGCUUCUACUCUCUUUGCCUCUUCUGCAAUUCAAUUAAAACCUCAAUUCUUUCUUGCAAGAAGAACUUUACUUGAAAAAACUCACCAACAAAAUCAUGAUACUAAUCUUCCUCAAAUUUCAUCCAAAUCAAAAUCAUCAACUCAAAACAAAACUAAACUUAUCAAACCUUCUUCCUCAAUUUCUUCUAAUUCAUCCUCUAAAAAAAACCAAACCAAAUUAAUUCAAUCAACCUUAACUUCUCCUAAGAAUAAAACUAAAUCUUCUUCUAAAAAUGUCGGUGCUCCCAAGCUCCACUCAAAUUCAACCAAAUCAUCGGAUCUAGUCAAACCCAACUCUUCCCCAAAAAACAAAACCAAAUCUUCAUCUACUCUAGUUAAGGAAAUUACCAAAUUACCCCAAUCUGAUACUACUAAAAACAAUAUCAAAGAAACCCAAAAACAAAAACAAAAACAAAAAUCAAAAACUCCUUCACCACCGACAUGGAUGUACAACGAUGAAAACGACGAAGAUUACGAUUUUAUCGCGGAAAUUCGAGAUCUUCCAACAAAAUUUCACAAAACAUUUAUCCCAGAUUUACAUAAAAUCUCAACUACAUCAAAACUUUACCUCACAAAAACAAACAAAGAAAUUACUAAAACUUACAUUAAACCUUACGUAGGAAAAGAAUAUGCUUCUUCAGUUGCAAUUGCAAUAUCAUGUGCGUUCAUUAUUGUACCAUUUUUAUUAGUCUCUCUCCUCUUUAACCACAUCAAAGCAUUUUUCUCUCUCCAAAAACUUGUAAUUUUUACCCAAAUCUAUUUAUCAAUUUACUUCUCUAUCCUAUGUUUAAGUUCUUUAAUCACUGGAUUAGAGCCACUAAGGUUUUUUUAUGCUACUUCGCAGUCUACCUAUGUUUGGUUACAAGUAUUGCAAACUCUUGGAUAUGUGAUGUAUCUGUUGAUGUUGAUCAUGUAUCUUAUUCUUGUUUUCUCUACUGAUUCUGGAUUGGGCCAGAAGUUUUUGAGUUUGGCCCAGAUUUUUGUGGGCUUUUCUGUUGGGCUUCAUUAUUACAUGACGGUGUUUCAUCGUGUGGUGUUGCAUCAACCGCCUAAGACUAAUUGGAAAGUUCAUGGGAUCUAUGCCACGUGUUUUCUUAUCAUUUGUCUACUUGCUCGUGCUGAAAGAAGGAAAAAAGCUUACCUUGAAGAGGAUGGUGAAGAAGGAAAACUCAGCUGAACUUCUAUUCGUCGUCCUAAAAUUACUUAAAUAGCUGAACUUCUAUUCAUCGUUCUAAAAUUAGCUCAUUAAGUUAGAAAGUUUACUUUAUAUAUAUUUUUUUUCUCCUUUUGAUUCACACUCAUAAGUCAUAGAAGUAUAGUAUUAUGAUUAUUUUUUUUUUGGUCCUGAAAAGCGAGGAAGAAGAAAAUUGUGCUUUUACUCGCUUUAUCUUUUUAAAGAAUAUUUUACUUUUUAUUUUACUAGGAGUACUAUUUUGUUGGACCAAUUUUAUUUAAUCAGUAUUAUCAUAUUUUCUGCCAGUCCUGUUGUAGAAAUUCUGGAGCUUCACUUGUUUAUGUACUUGCAGUCUGCAGAUGCAGUAAAAUGUAAAGUACUGAUGUGUAUAAUAUAUCCAGAAAUAAAUGGUUGAUUGACUGA